UGAAGACCACAAACGAGCAACUUUCUUCAAUUCAAUGUUCGAUGUUUUCAUGAUUUGUACAGGGGGUGGCGUCUCAAAGCUCCCCCAUUGGCUGUCCUUCCGCAUUUUGUUGUCUUUUUUCCUCCUGUUUUGUCUAAGUUUGGACUCGAUUUAUCUCGGCAAUUUGAGUAAUAUUUUCGCCCAGAGCUCGUACGACGUCAAAGUCAAUAACUGGGCGACAGCUGGCGCUGUCAAAAUCGUGCUUUACGUCGACUGGCUUUCCGAAAGACAUCUACUCCUAGUUUACGUCACUUCGCGGUACAAAGCCGCCGCCAAAGCUCGUCUUUUUGUCACAAAUCACUCGCAAACUUAUCUCAUGAACCACACAGCUUUGACCAAACAAAACGGUACUUUCCUCUUCAAGAGCGUGCUCGAGGCGUACCCUUCGGAGGAGUCGCUCCUGUUCCAUUUUAGGGUCGUUACGGAUUACCUCACCUUCUUGGUGGCUUUUUACAUGAAUAAGAACAUUCCGUUUGUUAAAUGGUUCAAUGAUAUAAGGAGGAGUAAUAUUAGACCGGAGAUUCUGCCAGAAGAAGAGAAGAAAAUGGUGGUUUUGAAGUUGGCACAUUUUGAAGAAAGUUUCCGGGUUCUGCUGGGAGGGUACGCUCUUGGUGUGAUUGCACUUUUUUUGGAGUUUGUGUUCUUGAAGUUGGAAAAGACUGGAGUUGUACAAGCUGUUACAAAUAAUAUUGUGUUUCUGGUGGGGCUUUUAAAGCCACCGGAGAAAGUUUUCAAAGAACGGAUUGCGUAAUUUAGGAUAAUAAAGGCAAGGUAGGUCUGCUAAAAAUAUAUUUUGCUGCAUCUCAAAAACUAUUACAUAAUUAUAACUUUUUUCUCUAUAAUUUAUAAUUAUUUAUUAAACUAAUUUGUUAGUAGCGUUUAAUAGUCGGUACUGUUUAAAGCACGACCGAACGAUGGCGAAUGAGUACCUCAAAUAGUUCUUUUAUUGUGCCGUAUAACUUUCUUAUACCCUAAUACUAUUUGUUUACACAUUUAUGACUAAAUUUUUAGUCGUGAUAGCAUAAAUAACAAAGGGAAAAAGCUCACUCCCACUCGCAAAUCAUCGUAAAGUGACCCAUAAUCUAAGUAUUACUUAAAUAAAUGAAUUUCACUCAUCAAAAAUUAAUAAUAAAAAUAAAUAAAAAAAAUAAAAAACUUUAAAUUAAAUAAAAAUUUAUAACUUGAAAAAUAUUAAAAAUUGGACGAUUUUCUCGACGCCAGUCUCUUCCCCAGAUCAUUUCACAUAGAUUUACAUCAAAAUAGUUCCACUUUUUCGAAAAGUUUUGACGUAAUCGACGUUUGAAAAGUGAGUUUGAAAAUUUUUCAGCAUGUUUUUGAUAUUCAUAUUUUACUAAGCAAACUGCAUAUCAUUAGAAGAAAGCUUAUAUAAUUAUUUUUGUAAUUUUUGUAAAAAUUCCAGAAACAUGUCGAUUUUUGAUUUUUUUGCACAUCAUUUGGUGCAUGCGGUUUUUGUUUAUCUGUUUUCAAAAAUGCACAGCCACCUCUAACCUUUUUUUUUUCAAAUGAAACUGUAUGUCACUCUUUGUUUUCUGAAUAUUUUCAAAGCCUACGCGAUAAAAAAAUGAAAACCAAUUUUUAUAAAUUGAAAUUAGGAAAAUCACACAAGAAAUGUUGCAAAAUGUUAGAAAUUCAUGCUACUAUCGUAAUGUUAUUUCCCAGGAGAGGAACGGUGCCCAUUUUGAACAAUUGUUGCAUUAAAUAAUGUUCAACUUAUAAAAUU